UUUACAGGUACCAUGCCUAAAAAUCUCGGAAGCUUAAAAGACCUAUUAAGGUUCACAGUUAGUGGAAAUCAGUUAGAGACGGAUGAGGCAGAAGGGUUCAGCUUUCUAAAUUCGUUAACUAACUGCAGCAAUCUCAAGUUUGUGGGCAUAGGUGGUAACAGGUUCAAAGGUGAAUUACCCACUUCAAUUGCUAACUUUUCAACUACUCUACAAGUGAUUGAAGCAGAAGAUAACCAGAUAUCAGGGAGCAUACCUGAAGGAAUCACAAAUUUAAUUGGCCUUAUGAGAUUGGACAUAUCCGGAAACUCGUUUACCGGAGAAAUUCCCGAGGGUAUCGGCAAAUUUGAAAGACUGGGGGUACUGCGCUUGUUUGAUAACAGAAUUUCAGGGGCAAUUCCUGAAACAAUUGGAAACAUCACAAAAUUGCAGCGAUUAUACUUGUACAAUAAUUACUUGAGUGGAAACAUUCCUCCUAGUUUGGAAAAUUGUAAACAACUCGAGGUACUCCUCCUGUUCAGCAACAACUUAACCGGUUUCAUACCAAAGGAAGUUGUAAGUCUUCCUCGUACCCUUUCUUUCAUGUUGGCUCAGAAUUCUCUGAGCGGACCCUUGCCCGUGGAGGUCGGAAACAUGAGCAAACUCAUUGAACUGGAUGUUUUGAACAACAGAUUGUCCGGAGAAAUUCCAAGUACUCUUUCCAAGUGUAUAAUGCUAGAGUCCCUUAAUUUGGGGGAUAACUUAUUCGGAGGGAGAAUUCCUUCGGCUUUGAACUCUCUAAAGAGCCUUCAUACCCUUGAUCUCUCUAGAAACAACUUGUCUGGUCAGAUUCAAGCCUACUUGCAGAAUUUCACUCUUCUACAAUAUCUCAAUUUGUCUUACAAUGACCUCGACGGUGAGGUGCCAGAACAAGGGGUUUUCAGAAACAUAAGUGCGUUUUCAAUUGUUGGGAACAGAAAACUCUGCGGAGGCAUAAAGAGUUUGGGACUUCCUUCUUGUCAAGUACCUGUAAAACAGAAAAGAGGAACAUCUCUUGCUGUCAAAAUAGCAAUUCCAGUAGCUAUUUCAUGUCUUGUUCAGCUGGCAUUUUUGUUAGUUUGUUUAUGCAGAAAGAAGAGAUCUGAAAGCAGCCCUUCGAUCAUGUUGCCAACAGAUGAGCAGUUUAGACAGGUUUCUUAUUCAGAGCUUGUCCAAGCAACUAACCAGUUCUCUUCAUCUAACUUGAUUGGUGAGGGACGUUACGGUUUUGUCUGUCGAGGUGUUUUGGGUAACGACGGAACGGCUGUGGCAGUGAAGGUGCUCAAGCUUACAGAGAAAGGAGCUGCCAAGAGUUUUAUGGCUGAAUGCAAUGCACUGAGAAAUAUUCGACACAGGAACCUCAUCAAGAUAGUUACCACUUGUUCAAGUAUCGAUUCCAAAGGGAACGAUUUCAAGGCGCUAAUUUUCGAGUUCAUGCCCAACGGAAGCCUUGAGGAGUGGUUGCACCAAAGUGAAGGUGAUCAGAUUGAACACCCAAGAAGUUUAAGUCUGACUCAGAGACUAAGCAUAGCAAUUGAUAUGGCAUCUGCACUAGAGUAUCUUCACCAUCACUGCCAAGCAGCAAUUGUUCACGGUGAUUUGAAGCCAAGUAAUAUUCUGCUUGGUCAUGACAUGACUGCUCGUGUGAGCGAUUUUGGAUUGGCAAGGUAUUUGUCUGAUAGCCUGCCCACUAUUUCUCAAACUGCAUCAAGUUCAACUGGGAUAAGAGGAACAGUUGGCUACGUUGCUCCUGGAAUUAAGGCAUCGAUUCAGGGAGAUGUCUACAGCUUCGGAAUUCUCUUAUUGGAGAUGUUUACAGGAAGAAAACCUACAUAUAUGACAUUUGAGGAUGGUCAGAACAUACAUCAGUUCACUAAGGCUGUAUUGCCCGAAAGAGUGAUGGAGAUUGCUGAACCUUCUCUGUUUUCAGAAGUUGGCAGUGACGACGAUGACAACAAAACGAGGGAAGGAAAAAUCAAGGAUUGCUUGGUUGCAGUGUUGACAAUUGGAGUUUCUUGCUCAGUGGAACCACCAAGGGAACGAAUGGACAUGAGAGAUGCGGUAGCAGAAUUGUGUAAAACAAAAGAAUAUGGAAUGGGCGGUAUGGUUUCGGCUCAAGGAGAUUUGUACAGCUACGGAUUUCUCUUGUUGGAAAUGUUCACCGGUAGGAGACCGACUGAUGAUCAAUUCAAAGAUAAUUGUAACCUUCACAAUUUCGUCGCACUCUCAUUGCCAGAUCAAGUAAUGGGGAAUGUGGACCAAUCUGCUCUGCACCAUCAAGUAGUAGGAGAAGCUACAGGUGGUACUUCAUUUCGGAGUGACCUGAGAGGUGAACAGGUUGAGUGUUUAGUUUCUGUUUUUCAAAUUGGAGUUGCAUGUUUAGCAGAAUAUCCGCACAACAGAUUGAACAUGAAGCAAGUUUUGAAGGAACUGCCUUCAGCAAGGGACAAUUUUCUUGGAAAUAGAUUGCUUAUUAUAGCAAUUGACAGUCCUGUUAUCAUACUAGAUUUUCACCGACCUCGAGUGCUGCACUAUAGCCCUCCCGAUCAAGUUGAUCCAGUCCUCCUUGUCCUUGUUGUUAUUGGCGAUGAAGUACAUGGUGAACCGAUUGGUGGAGAUCUCGAAAGCGUAGGGCUUGUUGAUGACAUCCUUGGCGCCCUUGACAGUGAGGCAGUCGCCGACAGGGAUGACGCCGCGGGAGGUGUUUUGGGUAAUGAAGGAACAACUGUGGCAGUGAAGGUGCUCAAGCUUACAGAGAAAGGAGCUGCCAAAAGUUUUAUGGCUGAAUGCAAUGCACUGAGAAAUAUUCGACACCGAACCUCAUCAACACUUGUUCAAAGACUAAGCAUAGCAACUGAUAUGGCAUCUGGACUAGAGUAUCUUCACCAUCACUGCCAAGCAGAGAUUGCUCAUGGUGAUCUGAAGCCAAGUAAUAUUCUGCUUGGUCUUGACAUGACUGCUCGUGUGGGAAGAAAACCUACAGAUACGACAUUUGAGGAUGGUUUGAACAUACAUCAGUUCACCAAGGCUACAUUGCCCAAAAGAGUGAUGGAGAUUGCUAAACCUUCUCCGUUUUCAGAAGUUGGCGGUGACGACAAUGACAACAAAAUGAGGGAAGGAAAAAUCAAGGAUUGCUUAGUUGUAGUGUUGACAAUUGGAGUUUCUUGCUCAAUGGAACCACCAGGGGAACGAAUGGACAUGAGAGAUGUGUAUGGCAUGGGCUGUAUGGUGUCAACUCAAGGAGAUGUGUACAACUUUGAAGUUCUCUUGUUGGAGCUUUUCACUGGACGACAACCCAGUGAUGAGUCAUUUGAAGAUAAUCUGAACCUCCACAACUUUGUCAAAAUGGCAUUGCCCAGUAAAGUACUAGAGAUUGUGGACCGAUCAGCUAUACAGAUUGCCGAAGAUACAGAAAAAUUAGCCGAAGUUGGAUGUUCGACUAACCCGAGAAGUGAACUGAGCGCGUGCUUGGUUUCUGUGGUCUCGAGUACUCAGUUACAUCUCGGAACGUCUAUUGGCAUUCAAAAUCGCUUUGUUUGCACGGUUCACCUACAAAACUCAAUGAAAUACCUUACGUGCAAUAUUGAGUAA